AUGAACAAGAACAAAGAGAGGGCGCUUGGAUUACGUACGGCGGAGAUUAAGGAGGAGCCAGAUUCUCUUAUGGGUGCCAUUGGAGAUAAUAUUGAAGCCUUUGUAAGUAAUGUUCGACGUGGUAAGUUGGGUGUACGCGAUGGACGGAGUUUCUCCACUACCGCAGCGUGUGAGACUGUGCAGUUAAUGCACACCAUUGUCUCUCUCUUUAAGGAAUAUGAGGAAAGACGGGAUAGUAUUGGUAAUCAAAUGCUACAGGAAAACUAUCCUGCGGAUGUUGUGGCGACAACACAAGUGAAACGACUGUUGUGGCUCAUCUCAUUUGCAGGAGAGGCGGUCUUGCGUGCUCAGUUUGGCACUUUACUACUCACAAAUGUUACCCGACGUGUGUUAUCGUUUAUUCGAAGUGCGGCCACAGAAAAUACGGCGAGUGUCUCCGAGUUAGAGGCGCUUGCAGAACAACACCUGAAUGAAUUAGGUAGAAGUGAGAGUGAUGAGGAUGAGUUUCAACUACAACGUCGAUCAUGUAGUCGUUGUGAAGGUAGAAUGAGUUCACCACAGAGUUUAUUGGGAAGUGAGGAGCGACUGCAACGUCCACUUGUUUCCCGUAAAGGUCUUUCACAGCGUUUCACGUUAAGUAGUGCGGAACUUGAUAAAAUAAUAGAUCACACACACAGUUGUGCGAAUGAUGAUGAACACGAACCGCAUGAUACUAUCAUGGCAAUUGGAAUUCCCGGUAAACAAACACUACGCCGGGCACCGGAUCAACGUGAGGCGGAGGAUGUAGAGAGUGAAACACAAUUCCCUGUUCGCCUCGGAGACUUUCUCGAAAGUGUACUGGAACGCAUUCAAGCAUUCCGUGCGGAGAUUGAAGGCAUGUGUGAGGAACUCUGCAGUCGCGCCCCUAAACAAUUACACGCCACCGAUACUGUAAUUACAUUGGGUAGUAGCAACACCACACGUCAUUAUCUUCUUCACGCUCUUAAAAGUGGAGUGGCGUUUAAAGUGAUUAUACUUGAAACUGGCCCUCAUUCUGGAAAUGGGGCUCAACAACUCGCUGCAGAACUCGCCAAUCAUACCUUUGUGCAGGUACUCCCGGAUAGUUCCGCCUUUGCGGUGAUGGGAACCUGCACAAAGGCACUCAUUGGCGUAGAGAGUGUACUUGCAAAUGGUGGACUUCUCGCACCUAUUGGGACUCAUCCGCUUUGUAUUGCCGCUAAGCACUUUGCUGUUCCUGUGCUUGUUGCGACCAUCACACUGAAGAUGUCUCCUUAUUACCCACGAGAUGCCUAUUGUACAAGUCUAGUAAAGAUUUCACGUUCUAGUGCACAGGAGAUUCCAUGGAAUACAUACGGAUCCCCUGGGGAUGUACUCUCCACUCCAUAUGGUGUAAAUGUGGAUAAUGUCAGUGCCUUUACUGUACACUCACCCGUAACGGAAUACGUCCCACCAGAACUCAUCACACUUUACGCAACCAACGAAUCGGAGUACACCCCAUCACAGAUUCACCGCGUCGUGCGUGAGAACUACAACCCGGAGGACUGA